UGGAGUGUCUGACCGCCGGUGGGCGAGUGGGGUGUGUCUGCAAGCGGAGAGAGCGUGCGAUUCAGACUCCUUGUACACAACACGACUCGAGUGAGAAUAAAAUGCUGCAAAAUCUGAAAUUGACACGACUCAGAGUCUAGCAGUAAUCUGACACUUGUUUGUUCGCCAGUUCGGAGAGAGACUGCCUGGAACCAUGAAGAAAUCGAGCCCGGCAAAGCAACAACCACCACCACCACCUCCGGCUGAAGUCACCGUGCCAGAUAACGAGGUUACUGUGCAACAACUGAACGAGCUGUUGUCAAACAGCAGCGGAUUUUACAGUUUACCAACACAGCAUUUCAACGAGGUCUUCCCUAGAAUAUACGUUGGUAACGCGUUUGUGGGCCAGAAUCUGAUGCGUCUGCAGAAGCUGGGCGUGACCCACAUCCUGAACGCGGCGGAGGGCAACUCCUUCAUGCACGUCAACACCAACGCAGAGUUCUAUGCUGGCUCGGGCAUCACCUACCACGGCAUCCAGGCCAACGACAAGCCUCAGUUCAACCUCAGUACAUUUUUUGAGGAGGGGGCGGACUUCAUCGAGAAGGCUCUGGCACACAACAAUGGCAAAGGCAAGGUGUACGUCCACUGCCGAGAGGGCUACAGCCGCUCGCCCACCAUCAUCGCUUACCUCAUGCUGCGCCACAAACUGGACGCCCUGGCGGUUGCCACGGUGAGGCUGAAGAGAGAGAUCGGCCCCAAUGACGGCUUUCUGCGCCAGCUGUGCCAACUCAACGAGAAGCUGGCAAAAGAGGGGCAAGUUGAAUGGGUGAUGCCAGUUGUGGCUGCCAGGUUAAAGACAAAGUAAGAGAGGGAGAGAGACCCAACCCCUCCAUUCUGCCUUCCAUAGGAGACAACCUGACUCAACCAUCCUGACCGGCAAACGUCUCACACACAUGCACACACACAUACAUGUAAACAUACAUGCAUACAUGCAUACACUGUACAUACAUGGUGACAGUCACACAACUCUCUCUCACACACACAAACUCUCUUCUAUUGUCAUGCUGCCGUCCUCUUUCUCACCUCUCUCUGUCUCUCGCUCUCUGUCUCUCGCUCUCUGUCUCUCGCUCUGCUGGUGUCCUUGGGUACAUUUGUCUAAACCCCAGCCUGUUCCGAUAGUGGGGGAAGUAUGUUA